UGAAAGCCCAAUGUAGAUCCGUCACGAAGUAGGCCCAUUACAAACAGUACGACGUCGUUAGGCAAACAAUACACCAACGACCAACCUCUCGCUUGACUUUCCCCACCGGCCACCAGUCCUCCCUGUCUCUUACAGCGCCUCCGUCUUCUUCGUCGCCGAUAUCAGAUUCAGCGCUAAAUCCCGCGUGAGAGAAGCUCGAUUGCUCGGAAUAUUGAUCCAGCGGAGCUCAUCAUCGUCGCAAGUUGCAGAGCGCUCACAGAUCGAUCCGCUUCUCUUCUGUAGAUUGACGGCCAAGGAGAAGAAUGCAGUUCUUCGGAGGCUCCGACAUCAGUCCAUCCCCGCCAGCGCCCACCGCGCCGGGGAAUAAUGCACACAUGAUAUAUGUAUUCAACAGGAACGGCGUGUGCUUGCUGUACAAGGAGUGGAAUCGGCCGCUUCACACACUGAAUGAGCAACAGGACCACAAGCUCAUGUUCGGUUUGCUCUUCUCCCUCAAGUCCUUGACCGCCAAGAUGGAUCCCACGAGUGCUGAUAAAGGGAACCUUGGAGUUCCUCAGUUACCUGGUCAGGGGUGCUCUUUUCACAGCUUUCGUACCAAUACCUAUAAGCUUAGUUUCAUGGAAACUCCUUCUGGGAUAAAGAUAAUCUUGGUAACUCAUCCUAAAACUGGUGAUCUAAGGGACUCGCUCAAGUACAUUUACAACUUGUAUGUGGAAUAUGUUGUGAAGAACCCACUGUACACUCCUGGAGCCCCUGUCAGGUGCGAGCUUUUCAACACUGCUCUUGACCAAUACGUAAGAAGCAUCGCUUAA